CCGUUAUCACCGAAUCACGCCCCUCGGAGGUCACAAACCACUUUCGCGACUGGUCGAUACCACGAAAAGCGACAGGCGCUGCCCCAAGUUCGCGUGUUCCUGCGCCUGCGCCCAUGCAAUGAUGAUGCUUCUGCCGUCGGCGCUGUGAAUGCUUUGAUGGGCCUCUUUCACUAGUUGAUCGCGCAGAGCGAGGGCGCGAGUGCGGUGUUUCGAGCGCGGGCGGCUAGUCUGGAAACAUAUGGCUCUGCUCUGAACCAACAAUACGAGCUCCUCGCGUCGCGUGACUCGAUCGUAACGACUGAUUCGCUUCCACAGAGAAGAUCCGUCAACAACGUUAACAUCGAGCAUCACUGCUGGGACAGGUUUCACAGUCGACAAUGUCGCUGCUCACCAAAGAUGAAGAAACUACGAGCGAAACACUGCUGUCGAAGAAACGCCGCACUUUCAGAGGGAUAUACGACGCUGUGCAGACCCGUCACGUGCUGGCACUUAUGGGAUUUUUGGGCUUCGUCAAUGUGUAUGCGCUGAGGGUGAACCUGAGCGUUGCCCUGGUUGCCAUGGUUAACCACACAGCCAUUCUCGCCAACAGUACUCCUUCGUCAGGAGAGGAAUGCAAGGCACCAUCGAAUAGCGCCAAGGAGAAAGUCCAGGAUGGAACGUUUAUAUGGAAUGAAUAUGAGCAAGGCAUCAUACUGGGUGCCUUCUUCUACGGCUAUGUCAUCACCCAGAUUCCUGGAGGUCGUCUGGCCGAACGGUUUGGAGCCAAAUGGCUCUACGGUGUGGGUGUGCUUAUCACUGCACUGCUUACUCUUCUCACGCCAGCUGCCGCCUCUUGGAGCAUCUAUGCCUUCAUCACCAUCCGAGUCAUGAUGGGCCUUGGAGAGGGAGUGACGUUCCCUGCGAUGCAUGCCAUGAUAGCUCGGUGGUUGCCGAAGGACGAACGCAGCCUGUUGUCGACGAUCAUCUACUCGGGUGGCCAGAUUGGCACUGUGGUGGCCAUGCCGAUAUCUGGUCUGCUGUGUGACUCAACGUUCCUUGGAGGCUGGCCUGCUGCUUUCUACGUUUUGGUGGGCCUGAUUGGUGUGGUGUGGUUUGUGUUCUGGGCCCUCCUUGCGUACAACAGCCCACAAGAGCACCCCCGCAUCAGCGACGAAGAGCGCAUCUACAUUGAAACCAACCAGGGUGAAGAACAGACACGGGAGAAGUUGCCCAUUCCGUGGCGGGCAGUGCUGACUUCAGUGCCUUUCUGGGCUCUGAUGCUGACUCACUUUGGCCAAAACUGGGGCUUCUACACGCUUCUCACAGAGAUGCCCAGUUAUCUCAAGAACAUCCUGCACUUUGACAUCAGAAAGAAUGGGUACCUCUCGGCACUGCCCUACCUGCUUGGGACGUUCUCUAGCUGGGGAGCCGGAUACCUGGCCGACCAUGUGCGCCGAAAAGAUCUAUUCACGACCAGCAUCAUUAGAAAGUUCUUCAAUUCUGUUUCCUUCUUUGGAACAGCCAUCUGCCUGUUUGUCGUGACUUUUGCGGGCUGCAACGGAUUCCUGAACAUCGUUCUCCUGACCAUUGGCAUGGGCAUCAACGCAUUCUGUUUCUCAGGUUACAUGGUGACCCACGUCGACAUGUCUCCAGACUUCGCAGGUACCUUAAUGGGGAUGACGAAUGCCUUCGCCAACCUGGCUGGAUUUCUGGCACCUCUCGCUGUCGGGAGCUUGACAAACAGCAAUGAGACAAUCGCACAGUGGAGCAUUGUGUUCUACAUCGCUGCCGGCGUGUACGUCGUCACAGGCCUCAUCUUCGUUCUCUGCGGCUCUGCCGAGCUUCAGCCCUGGGGAUUGUACGCCCAAACCUGCGGUGGCAACUUCGCGGGGCCCCUGGGAACUCUGGGAACGGGGAACCUGUCGGCCGACACCCCUUACCAGGCGACGCAUGAUGAUGGCACGCCCGAGAGUCCCAAGUCUGACGAUGCUUUCCCUACGGAAGCUUAUUGAUGUGCUAGUUCACUGGGUGUGCAAUGAUUGCAUUCACCUCCUGCUCACCAUAACUUGGCAAAUGGGAAAGGCUGCAACCCUGAACCUGAUUUCAGGGGUAGCUCAUGGCUACGGCGUUGCACUGCCGAGCUCAAGCGUGCGGAUUCAACUCCCAGCCAUGGUGGCCGCAUUUCGAUGCAGGCAAAGUGCAAAAAUGCUCGUGUGCUUAGAUUUAGGCGAGUAUUAAGAGAGUCUAGGUCGUCAAAAUUAAUCGAAAGUUCCCCACAUUGCACCUCAUAAUUACGUCAGGCUAUGGCAUGUAAUACCACAGAAUGUAUAUAAUAUUUAAUCCCAGAACCUUGUGAUAAAGGCGCAAUGUGGGCAUCCAAAUGGGAAUGUAGCUAAUCCACAAUAGCACACUUAAAGACCAAGCUUGCAAGCACGGAAGGGGUCUUGCAUUCAGCUGCUGUCAAGAGUGCAUGCUUCUGAGAGAUGCUUGGUCAAGAUCACUAUAGAGCC